UGAAAGAAGGAUUGAUGGGCGAAACAAUUCUUUCUAGCACCUCUGACCCCACAUGGCCUCAUUUUGGAUCCGAGAACAACAAGCCUCUGGUCUGUAUUAUUGCUGGAAUGGCCGGUACUGGAAAGACGACCUUUAUGCGAGCCAUUUAUUCGUACACUUCUCUUCAUAAAAUUCCUUCUUACAUGAUCAACUUGGAUCCUGCCGUCUCGAAGCUCCCCUUUUCAGCUAAUAUUGACAUCCGGGAUUCUGUGAAUUACAAAGAGGUUAUGAAAAAAUAUCAGCUCGGCCCCAAUGGCGGUAUUAUGGUCAGCCUAAAUUUUUUUUCAACUCGAUUUGACCAAGUUAUGUCGUUCAUAGAAAAGAGAGCGCCUGAUCUAAAGUAUAUUUUUAUAGACACUCCAGGUCAAAUUGAAGUGUUCAAUUGGAGCGCUAGUGGAACCAUCAUCAUGGAGACUCUGGCAAGUACCUUUCCAACUAUGUUCAUUUAUGUGGCAGACACUCCUCGAUGCGCUAAUCCAACCACAUUUAUGAGCAACAUGCUAUAUGCGUGUAGCAUUUUAUAUAAGACUAGACUACCGUUACUGCUGACAUUCAAUAAACUGGAUGUGAUUAGCCACGAAUUCUGCCUAGAAUGGAUGCAAAACUCAGAGUUGUUUUCUGAAGCCAUAAGUACACAAGGGACAUAUAUGAGCAACUUUACACAGUCCAUGAGCCUUACGCUUCAAGAGUUUUAUCGAAACUUAACGACAGUGGGCGUUUCUGCUGUUUCGGGGCUGGGCCUUGACGAAUUCUUUCAGGCAACUAAAGAAUGCGCGAAGCAGUAUGAAUCUGACUAUAAACCUGAGCUUUUGAAUCGGAAAGCACAAAUACUCCAACAACAAGAAUUUCUUGCUAAACAAGUAAGAUCAGUAAAAAAAAAACCUUCUAAUGCAAACAGUCAAGAUGCACCAACUUCUCAUGAAGACGACAACGCUGAAAAAGAGAAUUUAACCAGUGAAUCAACAGACUCGCUAAGUGAGCUUCUUGAGAAGCAAAAAAUUUGAUUGAUCCUAAUUGGGCCUCUCCCUGUACAAAAAGGUCCUCUUCGAGGAUUGCGAAUCUAUAAAUGUUCUGUGGUUUUUAA